GUCCGCAGCCUCGGAGGGUGAGCUGGAUUUCCUCCGCCCGUUAUCCCCCUUUUCUCCCCGUUAUUCCGUCUUUACACCGGAUUUAUCGGCGCCGACCGGGCCGCGGGGCCCCGCGUGUGCGACCCGGAUCCGGAGCCCAAGGCCAGGCGGUGGGGAGAUGGACGAACCGGCUGGCCGCCCCGGACAAAGCCUGUGAGCAGGCCGAGUUUCCCGCUGCGAGUCCGGCUGACGAUGCUCCAGCAUGACGGGGAACCAGUUCAAAGGUCACGAGGUCAGCUGCUGCAUCAAGUACUUCAUCUUCGGCUUCAACAUCCUCUUCUGGCUCCUGGGCAUGGCCCUGGUGGGAAUCGCACUGUGGGCCUGGAGUGAGAAGGGGGUUCUGUCCAACAUCUCGUCCAUCACGGACCUGGGGGGUCUGGACCCGGUCUGGCUCUUCAUGGUGGUGGGGGGGGUCAUGUUCAUCCUGGGCUUCGCCGGCUGCAUCGGGGCGCUGCGGGAGAACACCUUCCUGCUCAAGUUUUUCUCCGUCUUCCUGGGGAUCAUCUUCUUCCUGGAGCUGACCACGGGGGUCCUGGCCUUCGUCUUCAAGGACUGGAUCAAAGACCAGCUCAACCUGUUCAUCAACAACAACAUCCGGGCGUACCGGGACGACAUCGACCUGCAGAACCUCAUCGACUUCACCCAGGAAUACUGGGAGUGCUGCGGGGCCUUCGGCGCCGACGACUGGAACCUCAACAUCUACUUCAACUGCACCGACGGGAACCCCAGCCGGGAGAAGUGCGGCGUGCCGUUCUCCUGCUGCACCAAGGACCCGGCGGAGGACGUGAUCAACACGCAGUGCGGCUACGACAUCCGAGCCAAGCCGGACGCCGAGCAGAAGGACUACAUCAACGUGAAGGGCUGCGUGCCGCAGUUCGAGAAGUGGCUGCAGGACAACCUGACGCUGGUGGCGGGGAUCUUCAUCGGCGUGGCGCUGCUGCAGAUCUUCGGCAUCUGCUUGGCUCAGAACCUGGUGAGCGACAUCGAGGCGGUGCGAGCCAGCUGUUUUUUCACUUGAGGACGCCGCCGGACCCCCCCACCCCACUCCCGCCGCCACCCCCACCACUAAACCAGCAACACUGGAGACGCCUCGUCUUAUUUUGAAAGGAAAAAAAUUGUGUGAACACUUGAAGAAAAAAAAAAAAAAGAAAACUUGCACUAAUUUCAACAAACUGUAUUAAUUCUACUGACGGCU